GUUCGCUGAGUACCCAUAGCCUCUCUCUCUCUCUCUCUCUCUCUCUCUCUCUCUCUCUCUCUCUCUCUCUCUCUCUCUCUCUCUCUCUCUCUUUUUGUAGGUAACGAACCCAUUCUCGCACACAUUGUCCUUCCUCACAUUCUGGUUCUUCUGCGAGGUCGUCAUCCCGAUGGAUCGUCUGUCGAGUGCUGCGUUUCGGUGUUCGGGAAGAGGAGGAGGAGGAGGAGGAGGAGGAGGAGGAGGAGGAGGUAGUUGCCUGUACGCCCUCUGCCUGCUUUUUUGCUUGUGUUUCUCUGCGGCGGGGGUCGCUGCCCAGACUGCCAGCGUUGUGAUUGUUCAUCCUCGUCCUGAUAAUCGCCCUCCUCCUCCGGUAUACUCUUCUAACCCCACCAAAGGUGUUCUCGAUUCUUCUCUUUACUAUCCUGGAGAUGCCCAGUGUCUUAUGGCAGCUAUCAAGAAGUUUGCUACCGCCGUAGUCGUGCGCGAUCGGACGAAGGCUGCGACGCUGUUGCGACUCGUUUUCCACGACUGCAUGACGACGGGCGGCGGCUGCGAGGCGUCUAUUCUGACCGAUCGCGAGAUCAACAAUGCCGUCAACGCCGACUUGAAGCGGGUGGUCCCCGACAUCCACAGCAUUCGAGACAAGGCGGGAAGAGCAUGCGGCGUGCUUCCGACCUUGGCCGACACCAUAGCCAGAGCUGCCGCUGCGGCCGUCACCUUCACCGGCCUCAACGAUGUCGUUUCGGUUGGGUUCGACUUGGGACGACGGGACCUCGCUCCCAAUGAGCCUGGCAAUGAACCGACUACUUUGCCGAACGAGAACCAGUCAUUGGACGCCAUUUUGUCAUUGUUUGCUACCUUCGGCUUAACCGACAAGGAGAGCACCGUGUGGUCCAUAGGCGGCCACAGUAUCGGGGUUGCCGAUUGCAUCCAUUUCAGCUCGAGAUUGAGCAAUGAGAGCACUCGUCCGGGCUGCUUGCAGCCGGCGGAUCCGACGCUCGAUCCGGGUCUGGCUUGCAAAUUGGCGCGACACUGCAGCAUCAACAAGGACAUCCGCUUGCCCUUCGACUUUCGGACUCCUUUCUCUCUGGACACCAGCUACUUCCAGCUGCUGCUKAAGCACCAAGGGCUUCUGAGAACAGAUCAAGCAUUCGCUGUCCAUCCCCGAACGUCAGCUUUCAUAACUCAGUACGCCACUUCGCCUGGACUAUUCAGCGGAGACUUCCUCAAGGCGUUCGUCAAGGUAUCGCUCUUUAAUGUCAACAGCGCCCAGACUGCGCCGCCGACCAAGUAUUAUUACCCUUAACACUGUGCUCGAGCAACGACGGUAGUGCUUUUAAAUUAAUUUUGUUUGUCUGUUCCCUCCUAAUGUGGGUGGACUUCAGGUUAUUUACGCUGCCCGCAGAUAGAUAGAUAGAUAGAGAGAUAAGGGGGCAGGGCAUGCGUAUCUUUUUACUCAUGCAGUCCCUUUUUUGUAACUUCCCCUCACCUGCACCCCCACCCAUUUUCAUAGACAGAUAGAUAGAUACGUAGAUAGAUAGACAAAGACAGGUACUAAUUUUUGGUUGCCGAUAGAUGCCAAGAUUUUUGAAAACCGUGUCAGUAUCUAUCCGAGUUUGUUUCAAGUAAAAAGAGAUGAGAUUGAUAGAUCAUAGAGACAGUACUAGACCGAUACACGGAAUUGUUUCAAAACGGUCGCCGCAUCUCUCAUUGAGCUUUCAAUGCUGAGAUUGAUUGAUUGAUUGAUUGAUUGAUUGAUUGAUUGAUUGAUUGAUUGAUUGGUAUGGAUAUACACUAUAUGGUAUAUACCAGAUAGUAUACCAAGUACUGGACGGUGGAAGGGACUUGCCGGGUGACUUCCUGGCCGGCAGAUUAUGUCAGCCGUCCAGAUCGGAUUGCUUGCGACUUUUGAGAGGCUCGAUUAGACAGCAUAAGAAGGAUAGGUAUUCGUUUUGAGGAAGUACAUAAACGGCCCUGUGUGACACUGUUUGGGAAUGCUAAGAUUACCGUCUUCCGCGCGCCGAAUACAAUGCAGCCUAAUUAUGAAUGUAUAGAAGCUACGUUUCGGGCUCCGUACAGUCGAAAUGAGGGUGCGUUGUGUUUGGGGGAAGACGGUAGGCAGAUGCCAAGGUGCCAUGAUCUGCAGGGGAGGCCGGGGGCGGGAGAAGGCAGACGGGGGGGACCGUGGUGGGGCGCGGGGGGGGAAGCCCAGAUGACCAGGUUCGUGCCGACUGGGUUCAUUUUGUCCUUGCAAAAUUUAAGGGGCUAUGUCUGUCGAUCUGCCAACCAAUUUUGUAUUAGUGUUGCCUCCAUUUAAUUUUUACCUCUAUGACAGCAGCGAUGGAGGCUUGGCCCCUUUUGCUGCCCCCUUGUGAACAGUCGUCCGCCCCCCAAGAAUUGCGGUGGCUGGGACGACUUCAUUUUCUGCAUGCUGGGGGCUAUCAGGUUUGAAUAGCCCUGAGCUC